AUGAUGGAUCUCCAACAUGGAAGCCUUUUCCUCAAAAUGCCAAAGAUUGUUUCUGGCAAAGACUACAGUGUGGCUACAAACUCAAAACUGGUCAUUGUUACGGCUGGGGCACGUCAACAGGAGGGAGAAAGUCGUCUUAAUUUGGUCAAGCAUAAUGUGAAUAUCUUUAAAUUCAUCAUUCCCAAUAUUGUUAAAUACAGCCCUAAUUGCAAGCUGCUUAUUGUUUCCAAUCCAGCAGAUAUUUUGAAAUAUGUGGCCUGGAAACUAAGUGGUUGCAAUCUGGAUUCUGCCCAUUUCCGUUACCUAAUGGGGGAGAGACUUGGUGUCCAUUCUGCAAAUUGUCAUGGAUGGGUCCUUGGGGAUCAUGGAGACUCCAGUGUUCCUGUGUGGAAUGGUGUGAAUGUUGCUGCUGUGUCUCUGAAGAAUCUUCAUCCUUCUUUGGGAACUAAUGCUGAUUCAGAGAAUUGGAAAGAUGUUCAUAAACAAGUGAUUGAAAGUGCUUAUGAGGUGAUCAAGCUGGAGGGCUACACUUCCUGGGCCAUUGGCUUGUCUGUGGCAGAUCUGGCAGAAAGCAUUAUGAAGAAUCUUAGGAGAGAGCACCCGAUUUCCACCAUGAUUAAGGGCCUAUAUGGCAUUAAUGAGGAUAUCUUCCUUAGUGUCCCAUGUAUCUUGGGGCAGAAUGGCAUUUCAGAUGUGGUGAAGGUAAACCUGAAUCCGGAGGAGGAGAACCAUUAA